UAAGAGAAAUAGUGAGUCAAGUAUUUAUCUGUAAAAAAUUAAAAAAUUAGAGGUUAUUAAUAUACAAAGAUAUAAUAUUGUAUUGUAUAAUGUAUCGAUCAAUCAUCUACAAUCAAUUAACAGACGGUUAUUUGGAUAUCAGUACGUGGAUUCGAGACACAUUUGAAAUAACACUAGGAAUUUUAAUGGAAUUUUUAGGACGAUUUAUUGAUCUUGCAAUUGCUAUUUCGCAAUUAAUAUUUCAAGUUAUUUGUUUUCUGAGGGAUUUGUGCAUAGAAACAAUGCAAACAUUUGCAAAUUUAUUUCGGGGUAUUGUAAAUGUUGUUAAAUCUAUCAGUUCAGAAAAUGUUGAAGAUUUUGCGGAAGCGUGUUUGGUUGUAAUUCUUUGGGUUGCAGCAGCUAAAUUUUUUAUCGGUCUUGUUGAUAAGAGUUAUGGACGAUACAAUCCUUUGAGGGUGUUUAAAAAAUUAAGGAACAAUGAACUAGAAAAAUAUGAAUCGGAAAUUCCUGCAGUGAGAGAUCACAUAUGGACGAAGGCGCCUAAUUCAAAAAGAAAAUCAAUUUUACGUAAAAAACGUAGUACAAAGUAUUGA